CGGAGCCCAGGCCAGCGUUGGGCUAGUCCUGGGACGCGCCUUGGUUCUAGAGCCUCGCGAUCCGGAGAAGGCGGAGGCAACAUCUCUUUGGACUAAAAGGACUCAGCGUCCAGUGCUUCAGCCGACGGAUCUGAGGGGACCGCCACCCGCGCCGCCACCAUGCCCAACUUCUCUGGCAACUGGAAGAUCAUUCAAUCGGAAAACUUUGAGGAUUUGCUCAAAGUGCUGGGGGUGAAUGUGAUGCUGAGGAAGAUUGCCGUGGCCGCGGCAUCCAAGCCCGCAGUGGAGAUCAAACAGGACGGAGACACUUUCUAUAUCAAAACCUCUACCACUGUGCGUACCACAGAGAUUAACUUCAAGAUUGGAGAAGAAUUUGAGGAGCAGACUGUGGACGGGAGACCCUGUAAGAGCCUGGUGAAAUGGGAGAGUGAGAACAAAAUGGUCUGUGAGCAGAGGCUUUUGAAGGGAGAGGGUCCCAAGACCUCCUGGACCAGAGAGCUGACCAAUGAUGGGGAGCUGAUUCUGACUAUGACUGCAGAUGACAUCGUGUGCACCAGGGUCUAUGUCCGUGAGUGAGUGGCUGUGGGUCCAAGAGCUGCCAGAGCCCAUCGCCAGCCCUUGCUCCCUGCCUCCCCCCACCCUCAUUCCUUCCUCCUAGGCUAGCUCUCCCCCAACCCUGCUCAUUUCUGGGGGCUCUGAAUGCCUCCUGCAGGGGCUCUGCUUUUCUGGCCCCACUUCCCUUCCCCUACACCAACAAAGAGGGAUGGGUUGCAAAAGCCCAGAUCACCCAUUCUGGAGUCACUUCCCCUGCCCCGAGUCAGCAGUCCCAGCCCUAAACCCCCCCAGAGCACAGCCUUUCUUUCUAAGGGGACCUGAGGGCCCCAGUGGGAAAGACGGGCCCUCUGGUUUCCACUCUUCCACCCUAUACAGUGUAGAAUAUUUAUUGGUUAAUUUUAUUAAAAUGUUUUAAAA